AUGGCAGGGAAACAAAAUCAGAGAAGUGGCACAGAGGGAGGAAGGAGAUCGAAGCAGGAGAGGGACGGGCAGAGGGAGGCGGACCCGGCAGGGCUCGCGCUCCAGCAAGCUGCUGCUUGUUGCCGGCCGGACGACGACAGGUGGCCUCGGGACGGCGGGGACUCGUCGCGGCUGGGAGGUGCGGUCAUGGAGCUCCAAGCGGCGGCUCCAUGGUUCCCUGUGAGAGAAACACGACGAGGGGGUGGUCAGGGAGAGCUUCAGCGAAGAAGAGGAAGGGAAGGGAGUAGGGGCGACGAGGACACCUGCUGGUUCGGGCGAGGAACAGAGCAGCUCCGGCGGCUGCGGGCUGGAGGAGUGAUCAUGCCUGAUCUGCCUGCAAGGCUCAGGAACGGCGGGCGUGGAGCCUGCUACGGCGUCGUGGCGUCAUUGGCAUUGGCGCUCGUGUUCUGCGUGCUCGUCGCCACCGUGAGCGUCUGGAAGGCCUUUUUGUUCGCCGGCAUGGCGUUGACCGCCUUCGGCAUCGGUGAGUGCCUGCCCAAUAGCUGGCGCGUCGGCGCCGCCGCCGAGCGUGAGAUCACAGUGGGCGUGCCUUUGGCAGCAUGCCGGUUCGGGCUCGGGAAGGCCACGAUCGACUCGUUGCCCACGUUCGCGUACGCAUCCCGUGGCGCCGAUGCCGAUGGCGACCUCGAAUGUGGGAGCGCCCAGCUGUGCUCUGUGUGCUGGGAAGACCUUGAGGAAGGCGAGAUGGUGCGGCAGCUGCCGUCGUGCAAGCACAUCUUCCAUGUCGAGUGCAUUGACAUGUGGCUGCACUCGCACACCACUUGUCCUAUCUGCCGCUGCGACCUCUCGCCACAGCGGACAUGCUGUGUCAAAGUGGCGGCGGUAGAGACGGAAACGCCGGCUGGGCUGCAGCCUGUGUAGUAUGUAGGCAGGCACAUGUCUAGGGUGGCAUUUCUUCGGGUCAUAAUUUUUGUACAUUCCUUGUGUCCAUUUAUUUUAAAUGAACACUCAUAAGUUA